AUGAAACCCUGCAAGUCUUUUGAUCUCAUAGUAUUAAAACACCUCAAUUCGACCACCAUUUUCGGCACUACUCAAGGUCAGUACGCCUUCCCCUUCUCUUCACUUUCUAUCUGUCAAACCAAAUCUCCGAUCACUAAAACAACACACAUCCCACCUGUAACCCCGCAGUCUCUUCAGAAAUCUAUCUCUUCUUCUCAGUGGCAUUUCAUCGAACAGAUAUCAGACACCCUUACACCCACCACAAUCUCCACCGCCCUCUACAACCUCCGCACAUCUCCCACCCUCGUCCUUCAAUUCACCGAGUAUCUUAACCCAAAUAAUACAGAUAUCGAAUGCUAUUGUCUAUCUAUCGCCAUUAUCUGUCAGCUCCCCUCACCUAAAUCAUCUUUACAAUUUAUCAAAACUCUAAUCAGUUCUCGUAGGUUUAGCUAUAACGAUGUCUUUAACGGGUUAGUUGCCGCCCGUGAAAGGCUAGGUAUAUCGAGUACGAUAGUCUUUGAUUUGUGGAUCAAGGGUUUUUGUGAAUUGAAGAGAGCUGAUGAGGCGUUCAAGUGCUUUUACUUGAUGAAACGUAAAGGGGUAUUACCAAAGAUUGAAACUUGUAACAACAUGCUAAGCUUGUUUAUUAGAUCAAACCAUACACAUUCUACAUGGGUUUUGUUUGCUGAGAUGUUCAGAUUGAAGAUUAAUCCGACUGUGUACACUUAUAACAUAAUGGUUAACUUGUUGUGUAAAGAAGGGAAGAUAAAGAAGGCAAAGGAGUUCAUUGCAAACAUGGAAACCUUAGGGUUGAAACCAAAUGUGGUUACCUAUAACACAAUAAUCAAUGGGUAUUGUGCAAAAAAGGAUCUUGAUGGUGCUAAGAGGGUAUUCAACAGGAUGAAAGCUAAAGGCAUUCAGCCAGACACAUAUAGUUAUGGAGCACUUAUAAGCUGUAUGUGUAAAGAAGAAAGAUUCAAUGAUGCAUCUGAACUUAUGAGUAAAAUGGAGGAAAUCGGUUUAGUGCCAACUGCAAUAACUUACAACACAUUGAUAGAUGGGUAUUGCAAUAAAGAGAAUCUUGAAAUGGCAUUUCAUUAUAAAGAUGAAAUGGUGAAAAAGGGAAUACAACCAUCUGUAUCUACAUACAAUUCAUUGAUUCAUGCAUUGCUGUUUGAAGGUAAAGAGUCAGAAGCUGAAGAUAUGAUGGAAGAAAUGAGAAUUGAAAAAUUAAUCCCAGAUGCGAUUACUUACAACAUAUUGAUCAAUGGAUAUAGUAGAUCUGGGAAUGCACAAAAGGCUUUUGCUCUCCAUGAUGAGAUGAUAACUAAAGGGGCAUUGUAG